AUGUCGCGACUGCCCACGCAUGGGAACAGCAUGAGCGCUUUCGCUCGAGCGUUCAGUCGACGAGACAAGAAGCACCAUCCUAGGAAUUCCUCCCCUACAAAGAGCAAGGAUAAGAUCGAGAAGAAACCGAUAGCGCGACCCGACCACUUCGGCGGCGUAUUCGCAUGCGAAGAUACUCCCAAGACAAAGGAAGAGGACCGCAAUGUUCAAGGCCUCCUCGAAAGGUUACGCGUCUAUGGCGUCAACACCAUGGUUGAGRCCAAUGCUCGAUAUGCCCUUCGACACACCGACAGAGACGGAGAGGCUGCAUUCCGCUUGCUCAUGCUCCUGCAAGAGACAUACGAGGGCAUUGUACAUCCCUAUGUGCCCGGUUGCAAGCUACUGGGAGCCAAGAAUCGCAACAACGUGAGUUGCUAUCUGGACGCCCUCCUGUUCGCCAUGUUCGCACGCCUCGAUAGUUACGAGGCCAUGCUUUACGACAACUACGAAGACAUACCCCGGAGGCGGCUGGCCGGGAUGUUGAGAUUGUGGGUCAACAUGCUUCGGAAGGGUCUGCUCAUCACGGAUGAUGUGACACGUCACUUGCAAGAGGCGAUGGCGGAAUGUGGCUGGCGGGAGGCGGUGAGAAUACAACAGCAGGAUCCAUCAGAAGCAUUUGCUUUCAUCACGGAGAAGUUGGGAUUGCCACUCAUGACUUUGAAGAUGGACCUGUUCCACACCGGCAAGGAGGAGCCGCAGGAUGAUCACAAGUUCGUGCACGAACGCUUGCUGGAAGUGGCAAUCUUGGAGGAGCCUGCAGAGGGACAAGAAGAGAUACGCUUGGAAGAUUGUCUGGAGGUCUAUUUCAACAACCAGGUCGAGAUCAAGCGGCACUCGGAAGACGCCUUCAGAUUGCUGGGGACAGCAGCCAAGGAUGCAGACUUGAAUUAUCCCGCGGAGAAGGCAGACGGGCAGGAAUCUGGCAUUCACAUCGAGGUCGCCGAGGUUGCGACAACUCCGCUCGUGACACCGGGCUCCACAUUAGAGGCCACAGGCGUAGCGUCGCAAAGCAGAGAUCCGUUGGGAAAGGUGCGUCCAGGUCUUGGCCGGAAACGGGGAGCUAGCAUCUUUUCCCAGCGCAAGGUUGAGAUUAUCGGGAUUGAUCCCGACAAGGACGUGGAUGCGGACGGAGAACAGUCGUUGGAGGAGAAGAAGAGAAUGGCCACAAAGGUGGAAGUGGAGAUGCCUGCAUGGCAAUUCUUCAGAAUGCUGCCCUGGUAUACCGAGAACCUGCCUACCUCAGACGCGCAAGUUGCCGCACAUUUCUCAAGACAGAGGCCAGUGAUGGGGAUCUGCCUGAAAAGGUACUCUUACACUCUAUCCGGCGCCGCCGAACGCCGAGGGACAUAUGUAGACAUCCCUCUGGAGAUUUCGAUACCCAAAUUCGUUGGAGACGAAGACAUGGAGGAGAAUGGUCCGCUCGUUGGCCAGUUCCGGCUGAUCCUUCAGUCUGUCGUCUGUCAUCGCGGUGUCGCCGUGACGUCGGGACACUACAUUACCCUAUGUCGUGGGCAGGCAUCCCCUCCUGCGACUUCUGCUGGCCUCGAUCUAGAAGAUGAGACCGAAGACCCCUGGAUGCGCUUUGAUGAUCUGGCACAAGAGCGAGUAACAUAUGUUGAUAUACAAACAGCACUCAGAGAAGAGACCCCGUACCUCGUGUACUAUCAAAUCCAGCCCAUUGAUGACUAUGGCUUCCCCAACGAUGGUCUGCCGAGCUAUGCAGAGGCCAUCUCAAGAGCCGCGUCUGAUCACACACCGUCCGAGAAGCCGUAUAACCUUGAGCCGCCAGGAUCGGAAGUCGCCCUGGAGCGAACUAGAAGUGACACAUCUGUUUCGGACGUCAUGGACUGGGCACCGUCGGGCAGACCUAGCUUGGAUAUCAACAUGGCGCUGGAGGGGUCACGAGGACGCAAUAGCACACAAAUCGAUGACCAACGGCGUAGCAUCACCACGGCGUCCGACUUUGGCGGCAGUGUAGCCAGUUUCCGCACAGACGCCACACAUUCUGUGCCAUCCACACCGUUGGAUGAGAAGCCUCCGCCGUUCUUGGAAGAAAAGACUGCGACAGGCUUGCGUGGACUUUUUACGGCGAAUGGACGCCGCGCAAGCCGGAACUCGAAACAGACACCCAGCACGAGUAAGAGCCGUCCGACUAGCACUGAUGGUGGCAAUUCUCGGUUCUCGUUGAGCAUGAGUAAACUCACCCCGAAAAAAAGCCGCAACGAGAUGGCGCCUCCGCCUCCGCCGGUGGAGGUCACGCUGGAUGGGAACAAACCAGAUCAUGAUGAGACACCAAGGCAGUCGAGCUCCGCGGACGGUCCUCAUCUGGAGCACGUUGCAUCCUCGAAUUCUCCGACCGAAGACCUCAGCCGUCCGACUAGCGGUCUGUCGAAUGAGGAGGUGGAAAAGGAGGCGGGACAGGAUGAGUCAAAGACUCGGGACAAGGACAAGCAGAAGAUGACGAAGAAGGAAAAAGCUGCUGUGAAACAGGAAAAGAAGUCCAAGAAAGGCGACAAUCAAAGUGCGGAGCCCCGUGAGUGUGCUCUUAUGUGA